GAAUCAGAAUCGUCAACCAGAUCCUACUCACAACCACUCAACCAGCAAGAUGCCAGCUGCAUCAACAUCCAACUUGAGGACUCGCCUCAACCGAACCGACGAAGUCGCUCCAGCUUCCGCAUCCACCGCGACCCUCGCCCCUGGACAAAUCCACAACCAUCCUUGGGUCUCUUUCGGCGGCGAAACCCUCGCACUCUCCAUCAAUCUCGCGCAGAACACAUGUCCCACCGACACCCAGGUCGAAGACUUCCACCGCAUCGUCCAACUCUACUCGGCGUACACUAAGACCUGCUUGGUCUCAGUGACACUUCCCGAGUACCGCUUCGACGUCGACAAGUCCAACCACAGCCACGUCUUCUUCAAUCUCGUCACAGCCAUCAACCAGUUCACCCGCCUCGCCCGCUGCGAAGUCGUCUUUCGCAUGCCGAACGAAAACUUCACCCAGCUCACCAACGCUUGCCAAUUCUACCGUCUCAACUUCAAACAAUGGGAAUUGUUCUACAAGACCGGAACUCAACAAGUCGCACAAGUCAAGGUCGGAUCAAGGAUAGAUCGCAGAUUGAAUAGCUGGUUCAGAGUUAACGUCACCGGUUCACUUUGAGAACUGCGACUUCCAACUCCACCACCAGUCUCACACAAUGGUAAUUUCUUCCA